GCGGCGGCAGCAGGACAAGGCGGCGGCGGCGGCUGGGGAUCAGACAUGGCGGCGGAUCUGAACCUGGAGUGGAUCUGCUCCCUGCCCCGCUCCUGGACUUACGGGAUCACCAGGGGCGGCCGCGUCUUCUUCAUCAACGAGGAGGCGAAGAGCACCACCUGGCUGCACCCCGUCACCGGCGAGGCCGUGGUCACCGGGCACCGGCGGCAGAGUACAGAUUUGCCGACUGGCUGGGAAGAAGCAUAUACUUUUGAAGGUGCAAGAUACUAUAUAAACCAUAAUGAAAGGAAAGUGACCUGUAAACAUCCAGUCACAGGACAGCCGUCCCAGGACAAUUGUAUUUUCGUAGUAAAUGAACAGACUGUUGCAACCAUGACAUCUGAAGAAAAAAAGGAACGACCUGUAAGGAUGAUAAAUGAAGCUUCUAACUAUAACAUGACUGCAGACUAUGCGGUGCAUCCAAUGAGCCCUGUAGGGAGGACUUCGCGGGCCUCAAAAAAAGUUCAUAAUUUUGGGAAGAGAUCAAAUUCAAUUAAAAGGAAUCCUAAUGCACCUGUGGUCAGACGAGGUUGGCUUUAUAAACAGGACAGCACUGGCAUGAAGCUAUGGAAGAAACGCUGGUUCGUGCUUUCUGAUCUUUGCCUCUUUUAUUAUAGAGAUGAGAAAGAAGCGGGUAUUCUGGGAAGCAUACUAUUGCCCAGUUUUCAGAUAGCUCUGCUUACCUCAGAGGAUCACAUUAAUCGCAAAUAUGCUUUUAAGGCUGCCCAUCCGAACAUGCAGACCUACUAUUUCUGUACUGACACAGGAAAGGAAAUGGAGUUAUGGAUGAAAGCCAUGUUAGAUGCUGCCAUGGUGCAGACAGAACCUGUGAAAAGAGUGGAUAAGAUUACAUCUGAAAAUGCACCAGCUAAAGAGAUCAAUAACUUUCCCAAUCAUAGAGUGCUAAUUAAACCAGAGGUCCAAAAUAACCAGAAAAACAAGGAAAUGAGCAGAAAUGAAGAAAAAAAGGCAUUAGAAGCUGAAAAAUACGGAUUUCAGAAGGAUGGCCAAGAUAGACCUUUAACAAAAAUUAAUAGUGUAAAGUUGAAUUCUCUGUCGUCUGAAUAUGAGAGCGGGUCAACGUGCCCAGGUCAGACUGGACACUACAGGCCAGUCAAUUUGAAUAGCUCAGAGAACAAAACAGUCAAUGUGAGCCUGGCAGAUCUUAGAGGUGGAAGUCACCCCAAUACAGGGCCCUUACACACAGAGGCUGAUCGAGUCAUACAGAGAACGAAUUCAAUGCAACAGCUGGAGCAGUGGAUUAAAAUCCAGAAGGGAAGAGGUUAUGAAGAGGAAACCAGGGGAGUAAUCUCUUACCAAACGUUGCCAAGAAACAUGCCAAGCCACAGAGCCCCAGUCAUGGCCCGCUACCCGGAAGGCUACAGAACCCUCCCGAGAAACAGCAAGACCAGGCCGGAGAGCAUCUGCAGCGUAACGCCCUCGGCCCACGACAAGGCAGCGGGACCCGGAGCCGAGGAGAAGCGGAGAUCCAUGCGGGACGACACCAUGUGGCAGUUAUAUGAGUGGCAGCAGCGUCAGUUUUACAACAAGCAGGGCACCCUCCCUCGCCACGGCACCCUGACCAGCCCCAAAACCAUGGUCAACAUCUCCGACCAGACGAUGCACUCCAUCCCCACGUCACCCUCCCACGGCUCCAUAGCCGCCUAUCAGGGCUUCUCCCCUCAGCGGACCUACAGAUCGGAAGUGUCUUCGCCAAUUCAGAGGGGAGACAUGACCAUAGACCGCAGGGACAUGACCAUAGACCGCAGAGAUGUCACCAUAGACCGCAGAGAUGUCACCAUAGACCGCAGAGACAUGACCAUAGACCGCAGGCACCGGGCCCAUCAUCCCAAGCACAUGUUCAUGCCAGACAGGAGGUCAAUGCCAGCUGGCCUCACUUUGCAGUCUGUUAGUCCCCAGAGCCUCCAAGGCAAAACGCCAGAGGAGCUUACGCUGCUGCUCAUAAAGCUGAGGCGGCAGCAGGCGGAGCUGAGUAGUAUCCGGGAGCACACUUUAGCCCAGCUCAUGCAGCUCAAACUCGAGGCCCACAGCCCAAAGAAUGAAAUCCUUUCACAUCACCUUCAAAGGAACACCAUAUAUUUGGAUCAUCAGAUGAAAGAAAAUGAACCUAUUAUCACCAUGGUUCACACAAUGAUUGAGAACUCGGCGCUAAGACCCCAACUGUACCAGCAAUUCUUAAGACAGAGGAACAAGAUAAGUCUAUACUGUCUGUCACAGGAUGAAUGCAGAGGCACAUUAUACAAAUACAGACCCGAAGAAAUAGAUAUGGAUGCCAAGUUAAGCCGACUGUGUGAGCAAGAUAAAGUGGUACACGCUCUGGAGGAGAAACUUCAGCAGCUCCACAAGGAGAAAUACACGCUUGAGCAAGCUUUGCUGUCAGCCAGCCAAGAGAUAGAAAUGAAUGCAGAUAACCCAGCAGCCAUUCAGACCGUGGUGCUUCAGAGGGACGAUUUACAAAACGGGCUGCUCAGCACGUGUCGUGAGCUCUCUCGAGCCACUGCAGAACUGGAACGAGCGUGGAGAGAAUAUGAUAAGUUAGAGUAUGACGUAACUGUUACCAGGAACCAGAUGCAAGAGCAGCUGGAUCGCCUCGGUGAAGUUCAGACCGAAUCAGCAGGGAUUCAGCGUGCACAAAUUCAGAAAGAACUCUGGAGAAUUCAGGAUGUCAUGGAAGGACUGAGCAAACACAAGCAGCAGAGAGGCACUUCGGAAACAGGUAUGAUAGGAUCAAAGCCUUUCUCAACAGUUAAGUACAAAAAUGAGGAAGAGGAAGUAGUCCCACCUCGUCCUCCACUUCCUCGGUCCUAUGACUUUACAGACCAGCCUCCCAUAAUCCCCCCUCUGCCCAGUGAUAGCAGCUCCUUGCUCUGUUAUAGCAGGGGCCCUGUCCAUCUGCCCGAAGAAAAGAAGAUUCACCAAGUUCAAGGAUAUCCAAGAAAUGGAUCCCACUGUGGUCCAGAUUAUAGACUCUACAAGAGUGAGCCAGAAUUAACAACAGUGGCCGAAGUUGAUGAGUCUAAUGGAGAAGAAAAAUCAGAACCUGCUUCGGAAAUAGAAACUUCUGUUAAAGGUUCCCACUUUCCUGUUGGAGUAGUCCCUCCAAGAACAAAAUCACCAACACCCGAAUCUUCGACAAUAGCCUCAUAUGUAACGUUAAGGAAAACUAAGAAGAUGAUGGAUUCAAGAACGGAACGACCAAGAAGUGCAGUGGAACAGCUCUGUUUGGCCGAAAGCCCUCGACCUAGGAUGACUGUGGAAGAACAAAUGGAGAGAAUCAGGAGGCAUCAACAAGCAUGCUUAAGGGAAAAGAAAAAAGGGUUAAAUCUUAUUGGUGCUUUAGACCAGUCACCCUUACCAAGUCCUUCAAACUUAAGGGAAAAUCCAUUCAGGAUUACUCAGGCUCGAAGAAAGGAUGAUAACUCUAAGGAACUGGAUGCUGCCAUCAGAGAAAAUGACAUGAAGCCAAACCAUGACACUCCUGCCACAGACACUGUUCAACGAAAAGAAGCUGAACCUCAAAAUACGGAUAUCAGCGAAGAGUUUAAAAAAACUGAAAAUGUUUUUUCUGAAACACUUUUCACACCUGAGCCAAAUGGAGUGAAUUCUGAGGAAGUGAUGGAUAAAGAAGGAGACAAAAAAGAGAUGCCUGAGCAUGUGCCAUACAGCCCUCAAGAGGAGUCACAGAUCCCAAAUCAUAAACCAGAAGGCCCCCCUGCAGAAGAUACAAAGGACGAUAUUCAUGAGCAGGAAGAAAAUGUUCUUUCUCACGAACUAACUCCUGAGGCUUCUAGAGGAAAUCAGACAAUGGCAGCGCAAAGCCUGCCUCCGUCUCCCGGCUCCUCCGCGUCACCCGUCCCGUCCGCGCAGCCGCAGCUCACGGAAGGCUCACACUUCAUGUGUGUGUAGUCUCACAACUCUACUGACUUCUGCUGAAACCAUUCAGAGCUGAGGACAUGGACCUUUGGCAAUGUGAGAAGAUAUUGUACAGUAUAUUUUAAAUCUAUGAAAUUCAUAGUUCUGAUGCUUUUGGCCACAGAGCAUCGUUUUAUCACUUCUGGAAAAUGUUUAUUCCAAAACAGCUUUAAUGGCCCAUAUGUACACUCAAGGUUCUGUAAUGUAAUCUCAAGGUUAUUACUCUGACACCAGCUUGCUGCUAUGAUUUCAAAGCACAUAAGUCAAGGUGCUUUCUAGUAUGCAGUCUACAGCCAGAGCUUACGUAGUUGCUGAUCUCCAGGUUUUGAUGUUUCUAAAGUCUGGGUGGACUUAUAUUUCUUUUCACUUUUCAGUACAGAAAUUUAGUUAUUAUUUCCAGUGAAGCUUGUUUUCCUUUUUUUUUUCCUUCCUCCCAUUUCAGCUACUGCAAUGCUUUGUUUCACACUUGAUUUGUAAAAAUUUUAUAUAUAUAUAUUUAAAAUGUGCCAUUUUAUUAUUGCUAAGUGAAGUAUGUCUCGUUUCCUGCUCUAAUUAUUUCUCAGUCAGAUUGCAUUGUCAGCAGUUACUGCCACACUCUUGUCAGCUUAAACACAAAUGUUACCGCUUACUUUUUCUUAAAAAGCAAUUUAAAAUGUAGGUAUUUUGAAGUACUGGGCUUCUACUUCAUUGGACUAGAUGUGUACAGCAAUAAGCAGGUUUUCAAAUCCAGUACUUAGUUUGUGUACAAAUGUAAUUAUGUUCAUUGUGUAUAUAUUAUACAAUGAGCACACGUAAUGUAAGUAUUAAAGGCUACUUACUAUUGUUUAAAUGCAAAUGUUCAUAUCUCAUUUCUUUUUUAUCAUGUUAAAUAAAUGUUGAUGUUCUUAAA